CACAUGACAUCAAUUCAAAAACCGAGCAAUUUUUCAAAUUCAUUUCGUCAAAUCUUUGUCUAUGGAAUAAAAUGGGAAUUUUUUGGUGAAAUCAAUGGAUGCUUUGCGGCUUUGAAUGACUUUGGAAUAUUUUUCUUCAAUUUUCGUAUCAAAUUUUGCGUAAAACCAUCAUAAUAUUAGCCAAAGAAACAAUUUCAUUGCUCACUUGCCCAAACGGUCGUUUGUUUACAUUGUAUUUUGGAAUUGAAUAUUUGUAAAAAAGACCGUGAAAUGGAGUGAAAAACCAUUUCAAUUCAUAUUUUCCAAAGAAAAAGCCUAGUUUUUGCAAAAUUAAAUCCACUUUCAAUGAUUAGACGGAUUUUUUUCCAAUAAUUCAGGAGGAAGUUCAUAAAUUUCUAGUUUUCAUUCCAAUUCAACUUUCAUGUCAAUUUUUGAUUCAAAAAUUUUCAAUCAAAAUCAAAAUAAAUUGACAACAUCGAAAUAGAUUCCAUUUCCCUCAAUUUUCUUUCUAACCUGGCAAAUCGUAAUUGCCAAAUAGCCAAUUCUUUUCCGCUGUUCAUUUUCGUUCAUUGUUGGAAAUCCAACUUCAGAACGAUGUGUUGUGUGAACUGUGCGCGUGCAUCGAUGUUCAUAAAAUGGUAAACAUCGUUCUGAUUCUGUGUGUCGAUUGUGUUGGUGUGCGUUAUUCGCGCGAUGUAAAUAAUACAAAACACACAGUCUCGUAGUUUGUUUUUCUUCUGUCGUUUAUCUGUGUGAGGCUCGCUGUCACAUUGGCAACUGUCAAAAGAGCACGACAAAUGUUUCGUAAAACCAGCCGGUGUGUCAGUGCUGCCACACAACGAAUCGAAUAAAAAUCGCGUAGUGCUAUUGAAACUUCAGACGUCUACGAAACAUCACACACAAAUACAUACACCGAAUGAGACUGAUUUGACUUUCAAAACUUCGAAUAAAUAACAUUAACAAAAAAUGGCUGCCCGCGUGUAAUACUUUUUUUUUUGUUAUAAAUGUCCAACAAGUAUCCGAAAUUAUAUUUCGUGAUUCGCUUAUUAAAUACGUCUAAUUCGUUUCUAUUGUUUCAAUUGUUUGACAAAUCGAAUUGUUGCAAGUGUUGUGUUUGACAGUGGCCGCCAGAACCAUAAUUUUGUGUAUGUGUGGGCUGAGAAACGAUUUAGCAAAAACACAAAAAAAAAUUUUUCGUUCUGUUCGAGGUGUUUGGAUUCAUGUCUCUUGUGUGUUGAAUCUAUGAAUAAAAUUGCAAUUGAUUGGUUUAUUUUUUUUUUAUUGUUUGAAUAAAAACGUUUAAAAGGCAGAGUCUAAAUGAAGAUGCUGCCCGAUAGCGAUGAAGUCAAUUUAUCGCCAGCCGAACUUCAAAUCUUAUCGGAGCUUGACAGCCGCCAAUUUGGUUUUCUCCGGCUCAACAAUUUGGAACAUCGUAAAAAGAAGGCGGUUGUUGUCAAGGCAAUCAAAUACUUGGAACGUAUGCUGAUUCAAGCCUACUGUCAACAGGAGCGUGAAAAACGGUGUACAAUCACGGCAAACACCGCAAAAUCCAAUUCCAAUGAUAAGAACGAAUCAAAUAUGGAGCAAAUGGACACAAAUGAAUCAACCGACCGUAAUGACGGUGCUAAAACACCGAAAGUCGAACCAAAUGCAUCACCAAAGACAAAUUGUUCCACAAAUGAUGUGGAAAUGGUUGACGCCACAGAUCUGGUUCCAACCAUCAAACAAGAGCCAGAAGAUGAGGUGACUAGCAUCGAAACCGAUCCAUUGGCUGAAACUAAUACCGAUGAAAACACAAGUAAAACUGAUGAAAAUAGUGAUGCACAACCGGAUAAGCAAGUGGUGAAAACAGAAGCCGAUGUAAAUGGCAAUGUUGACGGGAAUGACAGCAAUAAAGAGAGCAACAAGGAAAGUCAAAGUGAUUCGAACGAUGAACCGGUUAAAAUUGAGGAAUCAAACACCGAUAAAGACGAUCCAUAUUCGAAGGGUAUCAACAUCGAUCCACGGACAUACUGUAAACUAGGACAUUUUCACUUGCUGCUCGAAGACUAUGCAAAAGCUAUGUCGGCAUAUCAAAAGUUCUUCGGUUUGGAAAAGGAGCAUUGGCGGGAUACAGCAUUUAUGUUUGGACUUGGCAUGGUAUACUAUCAUUUCAACGCGUAUCGAUGGGCGACCAAAGCAUUUCAGCAGUUACUAUAUGUGAAUCCAGACUUCGCACGUUCCAAUGAGGCACACCUGCGUUUGGGUCUUAUGUUCAAAGUGAAUCAUGAGUAUGAGAUCGCAUUAAAGCACUUGCAGCUUGCCCUGUUCGAUUCGUCGCCUUGUACAUUUUCCAAGUUCGAAAUUCGUUUUCAAAUCGCUCACCUUUAUGAAGUACAAAACAAGUAUAAAUCAGCCAAAGAGGCAUACGGACAACUACUUGAAGAGAAACAGCUGACGCCACAGUUGCGUUCGGAUAUAUAUCGUCAAUUGGGAUGGAUGUUCCAUUCGAUUGAUACACUAGGUGAUAAACGGCAACGUGAAACGUACGCAAUUACUUAUCUACAAAAAUCGAUUCAAGUCGAUCCCAAGUCUGGCCAAUCAUUAUAUUUACUGGGACGCUGUUUUGCUGGCAUCAAUAAGGUGCAUGAUGCAUUCAUAGCCUAUCGCAAUUCAGUGGAAAAGAGCGAAGGUAACGCAGAUACAUGGUGCUCCAUUGGAGUCUUAUAUCAGCAGCAGAAUCAGCCUAUGGAUGCACUUCAAGCGUACAUAUGUGCCGUUCAAUUAGAUAAAACACAUCGUGCCGCUUGGACUAACUUGGGAAUUCUGUACGAAAGUUGUAGUCAACCUCGUGACGCACUCGCUUGUUAUUUAAACGCAACUAGAUAUUCAAGUCUAUCGGAUCAAAUCCAAAACCUAACGGUUUCGUCGACGACUUCCAGUUCGGGAACUCAGCAAUCGACUGGUUCAUCGAAAAGUGUUGAUAAAAGUGAAAAGACCAAUUCAGCCGCAAAUAAUUUAAGUUUAACCAAUAUUUUAAAAGACACAGCUGCUUCGGACGGUACAUCAGCGAACGAAAGCCUGGCCCAACGUGUCAAAUUCCUUCAAACCAAAUUGGCUCACGCUCCUAUGCCAAGUAUAACAUCAAAACGUCGGCAGUUGCCUUCGAUUGAAGAGGCCUGGAACCUACCAAUCUCUGCCGAAAUGAGUUCACGACAACAGCAAACCGCUCAAAGCAAUCAACAACGUGCCUAUGCUAAAAACUACAACCAGGUUGCAGCAGCAGCUCCUCCACCAUACCCAAAUCAACAGGGUAGUGGAAUCCCAACAAAGCGAUACAAAGGCGAUGAAAAUGCGCCGAAUCGCCCGAUGCCGAAUCAAGUUCAGCCACCGCCGUUCUACCUGAACCAACAGCAGCUAUCUUUGCUGCAUCAUCUACAGAAAAAUAAGGACAGUCUGAAUCCACAGCAGCUUCAAAUGCUCAAUCAGCUUAUGAACAACCUACGCAUGAUGCAACAGCAUCAACAACAAAUCCGCCUUCAGCAGCAACAGCAACAACAACAACAGCAACAACAACAACAGCAGCAACAACAACAACAGCACCAGCAGCAACAGCAAAUGCAAAUGGGCCAACAACAAAUCACAUCACCAAAUAUGCAGCAAGGCUACCAACCACCCAUGCCGAACAGCCAAAACGCAAACGUUGGAAUGCCAAUGCAAAUGCAACAAACCAAACCGGAUGACAUUCAGGCAAUUUUAUCGCAAAAUGACUCCAAGACAAUGCUUGCCGAGAAUUUGCUAAAGCAAUUCGGUUCAAAUAUCAAGCAAGAGGUUGAGGAUGAUCGAAAUGCUGUUGUGGCUGACUCAACCACGAAUUUCCACAGUCAGCGGCCGAUCAAAUGCGAGGCGACUUCAACGAGCAGGAGGUCACCGAGUGAUCUGAAGAACGAACCAGUUCUGAAGAUUGAAAACAUUUACGAAACGAAUCGAAAGGUCAGCUUCAACACUCAAAUGGGCUCCAAGCAACUUCAAGAAGCUGUUAGAUCAAUGGAUAGCAAAGAACCACCGGCACCAUGCUCGAUACUAUCGUGUGAUGCACCACCGCCAGCACCGCCCGAUUGUCCGCCACAGCGUCUAAUGCGCGAACAACUAUUGCCUCCCACACCUUCUGUCCACUUGGAUAACAAGAAACAUGCCUUUUCGCCGCAACUCCAAGAGUUUUGCCUUAAGCAUCCAAUUGCUGUCGUCCGAGGAAUGGCAACGGUUCUCAAAUUGGAUUUGGGUUUGUUCUCAACAAAGACGUUGGUCGAAGCCAAUCCAGAUCACAGUGUCGAAGUGAGGACACAGGUGCAUCAAUCACCAGACGAAAAUUGGGACAACACCCAAGGAAAGCGCGUGUGGGCUUGCAUAUCACAUCGGUCGCACACGACAAUCGCUAAAUAUGCCAACUACCAGGCAUCCAGCUUCCAGGAUAGCUUAAAAGAGGAAAACCAUGACAACAAAACGUCGGGCAUUCACAAUUUCAGCGACUCAGACUCCAAAGACUCAUUGAACAACAGUUCAAAUGGCAGAAAGAAGCGAGUGAGGAACGGCAAUAAAAUGCUGAGGUUUGGUACAAAUGUAGACUUAUCAGAUGAGCGAAAAUGGCGGCCGCAAUUGCAAGAGCUACAAAAGCUGCCGGCAUUCGCGCGUGUUGUAUCAGCUGCGAACAUGUUGUCACAUGUUGGCCAUGUGAUUUUGGGCAUGAAUACCGUUCAAUUGUACAUGAAAGUGCCCGGAUCGCGAACACCAGGCCAUCAAGAGAAUAACAACUUCUGUUCGAUCAACAUAAACAUCGGGCCCGGUGACUGUGAGUGGUUCGCUGUGCCAGACUCGUAUUGGGGUGGCAUUCAAGCGUUGUGUGAGAAGAACAACUUGAACUACUUGCACGGUUCAUGGUGGCCCGUACUUGAUGAUCUCUAUAAAGCGAAUAUCCCCGUUUAUCGAUUCAUUCAACGACCGGGUGAUUUAGUUUGGGUCAAUGCCGGCUGUGUACAUUGGGUGCAGGCCGUUGGAUGGUGCAACAAUAUCGCAUGGAAUGUUGGACCACUAACAGCACGACAGUAUCAGCUUGGCAUCGAACGAUACGAGUGGAACAAGCUUGAGAGCUACAAAAGCAUCGUUCCAAUGGUCCAUUUGAGCUGGAAUUUAGCUCGAAACAUCAAAGUGUCCGACCCAAAGCUGUUUGAUUUAAUUAGAACAUGUUUGAUGCAAACUCUGAGAUUUGUAAUGGCAACAGUGGAGUAUGUCAAAGCAAAAGGAGUCGAGAUCCGUUUCCAUGGUCGCGGCAAAAAUGAAGCAUCGCAUUACUGCGGACAGUGUGAAGUUGAAGUCUUUAACAUUCUCUUCAUUCGUGAGCAAGAGAAGCGUCACGUCGUCCACUGUUUAAGUUGUGCUCGCAAGCAAGCGGCGAAUUUACAAGGAUUUGUGUGCUUAGAAGAGUAUCGACUCAAAGAAUUGAUGGACAUCUACGACAAAUUUGUGCUAUCAAAACCGCUUCCGCCACCAUCGAUAACGCCGCCGAAUGCCAUCUCAUCUACUCAGCAGCCAAAUCAACAGAAAGAGACACCGGUUGCAUCUUAAAUAAAAAUCAAACAGUUUGCACGCAUUCACACUACCUGAUGAAUGCCUGAUCAGUUAAAGGCGACUGAAAACGACGAAACAUUUUUUCUCACCUCAUUCACAUAUACAUCCGAUCCCUCAAUCGAUAAUUUUAUCUAUGCUACACAGACAUAUUUAAAUAUUUUAUUUAUUUCUUUCCUUCUUUUCGUUUUCAUCGUUCAAUGUUCUAUUUGUCUAUAACAGAGAGGGAAAAAAUUGCAUUUAGAUAUAAGUUAUACACAUGCACUAAUAUAUAUAUACAUGCACCUUCACGAAUAAAACAUAACAAAAAAGAUAGAGAUUUAUGUAGAACAUUGUAUAUUCAAUUCGUCUGAAAUCGACCACAUAUUCGACCGAUACUAAAGUAUAAGAACGAUUUUUACAAUCAAAUCGAAUCGAAUAUUUAGCACAUAAGAAAAGCAUCUUAAUCGUAGUUGUUACGAUUCAAACACAGACAAAACAAAUAUUUAAACAGUCUCUAUCCAAUUAUUCAUUUGAAGAGAAGCAAAAUGAACGGUUCAGCAAUUAGAUUUAGCAGAUAAACAAUAUAUUGUUACCGAACACGUUUUAGGUGUCUAAGUGGGAUUUUUAUUGAAAUAAGAAGCAUAACGUGCGUGUAAUUAUAGCAAAUAUACUUUGCGAACGUUCGACCCUAGCGAAUUUGGAGAUGAAUGAAAAAUUCGCAUGAAAGACAAAAAACAUUUACCUUCGUUUGUCCAAAAUCUUAUUCUCAACUCAACUAAUUCCUUUCUUCUUCUGUUUGAUCUCACAACUAAACAAGAGAAUCGAAUUUUAGUUUAACACACCUCAUCCGAAAUCGUUUCAUUUUGAAUCACAAAUGCUUUUUCUUAGUUUAUAUUUGAAUGAAACAAAAAAUUAUGAGUUAAAAUUUUUAUGUAAAAAUCAAUCGAGAUAAGCAUAAGCUUUUUAUGUGUUUAGUUAAAAACUAAACGAACUUUUCUGUGCAUAAAACCGAGCAGAGCGAGCAUUUUUCAUCGAAAGAAUUAUGUUCGUUGGUUGCUUUUCGCUCGGCCAUUAAGUUUAAGUAGCAAAAUAUUUUGGCACGUAAUUUUACAAUUUAAUCACAACUAAAUCAAAGAAGAAGACAAACAACAGCAACAUUUCAUUUCUGUCGGCAAAAAGUGCGUCCGGAAUGAAUCGAUAUAGCCACCAAAAAGUAAACAAAAUAAAUCGCGCUAUUUUAUUAGUAAGAUCAUUGGAUGGUAGAGAGCGGAAAGUCUUUGUGACGUAAGCGAGCGGUAGCUAAGUUGAGACCCUGAUGUCAAAAAGUUGGAUACAUUUUUUUUGAAGCAAACGUGAGAAAUGAAUGCACAAAAGAAUGAAAUUUUUGGCUUUUGAACUCGUUUUCCCAAACCUUUGUGGAAAAAUUCAGGUCCUCAGAUUCUGUACAGACGUUUUGCAUCGCGUACACACUUUCAAUUUUUAUCGUAAUUUAAAUGAAUAGGAUAUAUGGAACAAUAUAAUCAACGUUGUAAAAUAGAGGAGCAUGCAAGGAAACAAUGAUGAAAUUGCAAGAUAUAUAUGAAACCAGUAUUCACUGCCAAAACUGAAAAUGGAAUGGACAAAUCCAAUUGACCGUAAGCAAUUUGAUUAGCAUACAAAAGUCAACAUACUUCUUGUAUGUGCAUUGUAUGAAUACACCUUUACGUAUAGAUUCAGAAGUGCAAGAAUCAUUUGAUAAAUACAAUUUUUAAAUCGGGUAUUUUCUUUGGUUGGGUCGGCGUGUGCCGGCACACACAGAGAAAUGGUCUGAAUGAUUUCUGUUUUUUUUGCUUAAGGAAAUAAGUAUGUAGAAAUUAUGAUCCUUGUUUGUAGCUUGACUUAAGAAUGAUAAAUGCAUCUGAAUUGAACGCAAAGAGACAGAGCAUCAAGGCAACAUUAGACACAUUAGACUAAUUUUGCAGUUCAGAUACGAUAAAAAGCCGAAACGUGUGUACACAAAACUAAAAUUACAAAAUAAAGAACAUUUUAAACACAUCGUAUAUAUAUACAGAAAUCAAA